GGUGUUUCUGCUCUUUAUUAUGGUGGUAGUGUUAUAUGUUAUCGUUUUCGUAAAAAUUUUGAUUAGUUAUUUGACAUUUUGCAGUGAAUGUAAACUACUUUUCAAUUAUAUACGAUUGAAUGAAAAUAUCUUGUCACCUUCGUUCAGACUCAUUGACUUCUGAUGUACAUAUAAUAUAUCUAUAGUAAUAGAACGUGAGAAUUUUAUCGGGCGUGGAUAUCAUUCAAUAAAACCAAGAUCACGUAAUGAGAAUAAUGUUUCUUAUGAAUAAUGAAUUAGAAGUCAAACGCAGUGUAACAUUGCGUGAGAAAAACAGGUGGAAGUGAGAACGAAAAUACAUAUUGUUACAAAAUGAAAGCUGUAAGGAGGAAAAGAAAAAAAAAUAGUUAUUUCGAAUAUAGGAAUUUGUUACUUUUAUGCAUAUGGUCAUUAUAUUUAUAGAAUUUCACCUUGUUCAGUUACUUCCGGAAUGUACUUGAGGAUAUAUUGUUAGAGCAAAUAUAAACAUGAUACAGAAAAGUGAAUUGUCUCCUUAGUGACUUUCCAUGAAGAGAGAGAGAGAAUACCACCAAAGUCGUAAUUGAGCAAUUCCAGUGGAAAAAAAGUGACAAUAAGGCAAAGCGAAAAAAUAAGUGAACCUUCGCCCAAUGACGUUCUCCAAAUGGCGGAAAUGUUCCUGUAUGUUCUACAAAGUAGAUUGCUGUCUCUGCGACUGUAAGUGAUAAUUAUGGCUUUUCUAGACACACUGCUUAUGCAAUUACUCCACUUCCGUAGCAGAACGCAUCAGCACAAAUCAACAUUAUGCUUAGGAGAUUGUUUGAUCCGUCGAGAUCGUUGCUUUUAGCAACAAUACUCUGUGUCAUUCGUCGCUCUGUUGCAUCUCCCUUUGAGAAUAAAACUGGACCAAAUGACAGUAGAUCAAGAAUUUUUUCACCAAGAAUGGAUUAUGACGAAUGGACACCAUUGGGUCGAGGUGAUCCUCUAAAAAAUGAUCCAACCUUCGAUUAUGUACCACCAGUUCUAGAUCGUGUUCAAUAUUGGUUGGAUUCACACACCACUGAACCAUCGGCAAAACGCGAUAUUCUCAUUUUGGGUGUAACUGCCAAAAAAACAAGUCCCAAACUUCCGGAACACUUUUUGAAAUUUAUCGACGCUCCGAAAUUCAAUCGAAACAAAGAGUCAAUCUAUCGAAAUGACUUCACAGGUAGCACUGGCGCUGAACCACCAAAACUUAUGCGCAACAAUAAUUUCCGAAAUCCACCCAUGGAUUUUCGAAAUCAAAACAAAAUACAAUCCAUACCGGCCAGUUAUUAUCCAAGUCCAUUUUACAAUCAAAAAUCAAAACCCUAUACUGUCAUGAUGCCACCGCCGUUAAAUCAAAAAAUUCUAAACGAAGCACAAAAUCCUUAUGGAAAUCAUCUUAAAGACAAAAUUAUAUUUGCUGAACAAUUUAGUACACAAACUGAAGAAGGUCCUACAUUACAAGACUACAAUCAUCCUCCAAAAACCUUCUCUCAAGGACAACCAUUCAGAUCAACAUUUCCUCAUGUUUCACCAGUUCCCCUUAAACCCAAACAACCAAUGAUAAUUCCUCAAAUUGAAAAUAUUUUCACCUCAUCACAAAUUCCCAAUCGAUUUGAGGCAACAACACCUUCGAUAUCUUUUGAAAAAUCAAAUCUCGUUUAUCAAUCAACUCAAACAUUGUCCGGCGGAUGGAUUGGAUCGAGUAGACCCACAUCUUCAAUUCCACCAGUGGAGGUGAAUCAAAUCACCUGGAAGACGCCCGAUCGUUACGAAAUCGAUCAUCAUGGAUCGGCAUCCGUCAAUCACGAAGUCGUUAUUGGACAAAAUGCCAACAUAAUCGUUGAUGGUGACAACAUUGACAAUGAGGAAGUGGUUAUUGGUCAAAAGGAGACAACUUCAUCAAAAAUUAGUACCCAAGAGGAUUUUCUACCAACUCGUCCAUCUAAUAUUGAAUCCACAAAAUCGGAUACUGAAUUUGUCAAACAUUCCGAAAUUACAUCCACAAAGCAAAUUGACAAACUUCCCUCGACUAACGAAUCGACUAAAUUCUCCAAAACCCAUAUUGUAGUUGCCAAUUCGCCGUCCUCUGUUGAUGUUGAAAAUCGUAAGGUCUCUGUUGUUAUGCCCACAAACUAUAACAACAGAAAGCAAACUCCGAAUUCCACAGAAGCCACCACUGUUGCGUUAAAUCACCAUAAACAACUCUCCACUAAACAAAAUUCUCUACCUCCUAAUCAGAAUUCUCAAAUUUCUACAUUUGGACAAAAUUCAAAGCCCUUUGUUUUUCAAACAAUGUUUACUAAUUCUCUGGGUCCAAUUACAGGUUCAAGUACCAAUUCCAUGGGUCAGACAAAUUUUGUCUUACAGAAGACAAAAGUACAAGAUAAAAAAAGUCAGGACAACGAUUAUCGAGAAACAUCAAUGAUUGUAAGUUCUCCAGAAUCGAUAAACAUGGAUUUUAUUUCACAACCAAGUAUGGAGAGACCGGCACAAGUAUCAAAACCACAACCCUUUAGAAACAGUAUUAGUUCACCGAUGAUGCCACUCUUCAUCGACACCCAAACAGUUCAUCCUCCAAAUCUCCCACCAUCAAAAAGAAUGCCCCCAACUCGACACACACCAUUCAAAAAUUCUUUCGGAGAAUCCAUAAAUCAUCAACAACCACGACCCAUAAUAAUGAUGCAUCGUUUCAGACCAUCACAACCACAACCACCAAAAAUUCCAAUGAUGCCCGAACACAUCAAACAUCAGGAUCAAAAUCAAAAACAUCCGAAUUUUAUGAAUCAAGAUUUUGUCAAACAAUAUCACAAGAAUCAAGAUUUUCAUCAUCAAAAUCAAUUUAUCAGUCCCCUUGCAAUUUCAACUCCAACACUACAGAUGACUCCUAAUAAAGAUUUAACAACAAUGCCGUCGCCAAUUUUCACGCCAACAACACAUGGACCCUUUGAUGAUGAUAAUUUUAGAAAUCAAUCGCCGCUAAUACAAUUGUUAAACAAUGAAGAGAUACAAAAUAUGGAAAUUGGAUCAUCUACUGUGAAUGAUCAAACGGUGUCUUCAUUGCAAACCACAACUGUUCCAAGUCUAACUACUGAUCCACUAUUUUCACAUUAUAAACAACCGGCAAAACCAAUUCGUGGUCCAAUGUAUCUCAUCAUUCAAGGUCACUCCAAAGUGAAAACAUACAAGCCAACAGUGAAUAAAUAUGGAUUUCCUGUUGCAAAUGAGAUUUUUGAUACUACCACCAAACGAAUACAAACGAAAUAUGAGAAAUUGAUUAAUAAUAACAAUAAAGCAACAAUUCGUGAUAUUGGUGGAAUGAAGAAGAAAAUUGAUGAGCGAUCAGAAAUUCGUGGUGGUACGAAAAAUUUAUUAAGUUUCAUUGAAAAUGGACUUAGUGCUUUUACGGUAUUUCCACCGCCAGCAACUGAGGAAGAACGACAGGCUAAUUCCGUGACAACUAUAGAAAUUAAUGGUAAUUAGAAAUAUUAGUUAUUUUACGAAAAAAAAAAUUGUUAUGAUUCAUAAAUAAUAGAAUGAUUUAAUUUUUAAAUCUUGAAUCUCCGAAGAGAUUCUGAUAUUGCCAAAAAAAAAACAACUGAGAGUGUACAUGACACGUAGGUAAUUUAGAUUUGACUACGCGUUUACAUCGAAAUACUUACCGACACUAUUUUUCAUGUCGGUAAUAUAGAAAUCUAAAUUUUUUUUUGACAAAUCGAGAAAAAAUGAGUUGAGGCAUUUUGUUCCAACAAUAAGUAAUUGAAUUCUACAAAAAUACUCAAAAUAUUAUUUAUAAUUUUCGAGAUUUCAUGUAGAAAAAAAUGGAAAUUAACAGUUACUGAUCAAAUUUUUUAAACAUUUCCAAUCAAAGUCAAAAUAUCACUUAUAAUUUUCGAGAUUUCAUGUAAAAAACGAGUAACAGGUUGUCAAAUCUAAUAAAAAAAAUCAUCUAAAAUAACAUUACAAUAAAAAAAGUAAUAUUUCAAUUUUGUCUUAAUAUUUUUUGAUUUUAAUAAAAAUACGAAUCGAGUACU